AUGCUGGGAUCCCGAGGCCUUAAAGGCCCUAGCGCAGCCGCUGCGAUUGCCCGUCAGCAUCUCCACCUUCCGCUCACAAGCCCUGCGCGGAUCCAGUCAACGGGGUCAAUUGAAGUCUGCACUCUCUGGAAAUGCAUCAUGGCGCAUCGCACCCGCCGCUGCUGGCCCGGCCGCAAUCCGAUUCAAUUCCACCUCCUCCGGCCCUACGCCCCCGAUUUCACCCCCGAUGCCUCUACAACCGACUCCCUGAACAACUUAACGGACAUUCAUGAUAUUACCACGAUCCCGGAGCGAAUCGGAUACCUCAAGGAGCUUGGGCUAGACUACGGUUGGGGCCCCAGUGCGCUCAUGCAGUACCUGAUCGAGCACGUUCACAUCUACUCUGACUUGCCUUGGUGGGCCAGUAUCGUUGCUGUCAGUGUUCUGAGUCGUGCGAUUCUGUUCAAGCCUGUCAUGAAUGCUUCUGAGAGUGCUGCCAGAAUGACCAAUGUCAAGGACAAGAUUGACCCGCUCCGAGCCAGAAUGGUCGCACUCACGCGUGAGGGAAAGCAGCAAGAGGCACAGAUGGUAAGGGCUGAGUUGUCUCAACUCCACAAAGAUCACGGCAUCAAACCGUGGGUGUCAGCCAUUCCUAUGCUACAAAUGCCCCUCGGUUAUGGAUGUUUCCGAACCGUGCGAGGCAUGACCUCUUUGCCGGUUCCCGGCAUCGCAGCUGAGUCUGUCGGCUGGCUCAACGAUCUCACUGUCUCUGAUCCCACGUUCAUCUUGCCGGCUGCCGCUGCGGGUAUGCUGGUUCUAACUCUGAAGAGAGGAGGUGAAACCGGUGCCAUGCCUAUUAUGGAUUCAUCUACCGGCAAGUCGAUCAUGUAUGGUCUUCCUGCCGUCUCUUUCGCAUUCAUGGCUUUCAUGCCCAGUGCGCUCCAGCUUUACUUCGUGGCAUCCGGUUUGUUCGGUUUGACACAAACCCACCUUAUCAACUCGCCUAAAUUCCGCACUUGGGCGGGCUUGACUAUCCCCAAGAAGGUGGUUGCCAACGGGCCCUCGGAAUCUGUCAAGAACAUCCAGAGCAAGGCUCUCCGCGUGACCCUGGAACGAAUUGAGAAGGAGAAGGCUGCGAAGAAGAAGGCCGAAGAGCAAAGGCUCUUGAAACUCCAAGGCGAGCCCCAACAGGUUAGCUUCAUUGAUCGUAUCUUGGCAAACGGCAAGGACCUGGGCAAGAACAUGUCCAAGGAAAUCGGCGAAAAGUUUGGAACCUCAUCCUUCGAGGAGCGUGAGAUUAAGGAGCAAAAGAGACGUGCUGGUGAAUACGAGCAAGAGCGCAGGGACGAGGACGAGGCUUUGCGUGCCAAGCGCAACGAGGCUCGUAGACUGGAACACUUGAAGAUCCUCGAAAAUGAGAAGAACAAGGCCAGCCAAUCUUGGAACGCCAACAAGGCGGGACAGCGACGAGGAUGA